AUGGAGCUCCUUUUAUUCUUCUUCUUCUUCCUAUUCUCUCUCCUCCCUCUUUCCUCAACUCAACCAAAUGACACCACUCUUCCCGGCUCCAUCGCUCGCACCACCAAGCAACAACUCCUCGCCGCCCUGUCACCCGGCAAUCCCUCCGCCUCCGAGCCCUUCCUCUCUUCCCCGAGCGGCAAAUACGCUGCCUACUUCCUCCGCCGCGACUCCGACCCCGUCCCCGACGCCGGUGGCUUCGGCAACGACUUUUGCUACAUCCAAGUCGCAGAAAUCAACACAACUGAUAGCAGGUGGGAGUCGGACUGCGUUCCGGUGACCAUUUCGAACGCAUGCUCUCUCAUCUUCUCGGACUCCGGCCUUGAGAUUCUUGACGGAAGUAACUCGGCGUGGAGCACCGAUGCCCACUCCGAAUUCCCUGUUCAAAAUCUAGAGCUUGAUGAUGAAGGGGACUUGAGGAUAACGGGCGAAGACGGUGAGUUGGCGUGGAAGGCCAGUGAUGAACCUCGACAGAACCAGCAUUGCGGGGAGACGGGAUCGCCGGGGCUGGUAGCGGCGGCACCGCCUUCUGCACAGACGAUUGGCAAGGGAUCAGAGACGCCGCUUGAGCAGCCGCCGCCGGGAAGGUCGACGGGCCGGGUCGGGCCGACGCCUGAAGGUGUGAAUGGGGCGGGGAUUGGAUAUGGUGGACUGCCGUUGGUGGAUAGCACUCCUUACGACAGCGGAAGUUUAAGGCCGGUGGUGGGUUGGGUUGGGACGGGAAGAGCAUUGCUUCUUUGUUUAAGCGCUAUAGGUGGGGUCCUCUUUUGA